GGAACGAAUCUAACGGGCAGCAUCGAGCCCAGCGGUGCCUAUUUCAAUUUCCCUGACUGGGAUCAGCCGGAUUUUCAUCUAGUCCCGGUUGCUUGUAGGCUUUGGGUCCGAGUUGCAAUAGGCCAUGGCGAGAAAGCAACCUCUGAAUCAGGGGUCUUUGUAACCGGCGAAGAGACAUCCAUCGAUCGAGCGGCGAUGGUGCUCCAAAGACGUUGUCGAUCUGAUGCCAAGCCGGAACCGAGCCUUUUGUAAGUUCCGGUUCCUGGACACUAUCUGACUGUCUUCCCUGCCUCGAAUGCUCCGUUGUUCAGCAAGGAGAUGUUGGUUCUCCGUUCUUCCCGUUGCUCUUGUGCGCGGCUUACUUAUAGAUGGUGUGACAAUGACGGACAAUGCAGUGGCUUCACCAACAAAUGAUACGCCCGGUUCGCGGCUAAAUCGAGCCUGCUUGUCAUGUGCCCAAGGCAAAGCGAGGUGCAUACCAUCGGCAGAGUCAGGCAAUCCUUCAUGCCAAAGGUGUCUUCGAUUACAGAAAAGUUGUAUGACACGACCACCCGUUGCAAGGAAGCGACGACGAACACAAUCAGCGCAAGUCUCCUCGGUGCCCAAUCUACAGUUGGUCCUUGUUAACAGACACCAGGAGGGUUGCCAAACUGGAGCAAAAGAUUGAGAAUUUGACCACGUUGGUCUCUACGUCUCAAUAUGCUGCCAGAGUGUCAGCCUCUCCUACCAACGCGUUGCCAACCCCUUCCACCUCUUGCUUUGUACCAGAUCAUCCCACAGACUCGAAUGGCCCUAAUGACGGAACCGUCAGUGCGUCUUCGUCGAACAAGAUCAGUACAGGACACGCUCCAAUCACCACCACAUCUUCACCACAGCAGCUUUCCGUUCUCAACAUACCGGCAGUUCUCGAAGAGAAGCUGAUGAGCGAUUUUCGAACUGCAAUGGCCCAACACUUUCCAUUUGUGGUUAUUCCUCCAGAACUCACCACAACUAUACUGCGACGAGAUAGCCCUUUUUUGUUUCUGGCUUGCAUCACGGUCGCUGCCAACGCGGAAACGACAGCGCAGGGAUAUUUGGCAAAUAAAUUUCUCAAUCACGUUAGCGAGCACAUGUUGUUUCGAUGCGAAAAGUCACUGGAUCUCCUCCAAGGUCUUUUGGUUUUCAUGUACUGGGAAACUCACAAUCAUCGACAUAGUCCUCAUAUCAUGCCCCUUUUGCAUUUGUCGCAAUCUUUGGUUGUUGACCUUGGCUUGAAUCGCCCACCAAGCACAGAUCCGGGCCAUUUUAUUUUCAUGAUGGAUUGCGUGGGCAUCAUCCACGGCAGAACUAUCCACCGUGCCCGGCAGACGACGGCCGAGCUGAGAGCCUUUCUCGGUUGGCACUAUCUUACUUCUGCUUUUUCAUCAUGGUUCAGGAGGAUAGACCCACCGCCGUUCAACGAGCACGUGCAAGGCUGCUGCGACCGACUUUUGAUGGAAGCACAAUUUCCCUCUGAUGCACAAGCCGUACAGCUCGUGCAACUUCAUUCCAUCACCCACCGCUAUUUUCACCAUCUGUCCAACAGGCCCCGGAUUCCCGUUGGCAGUCUCGCCAGAUGCAUCGAGAACGACAUUGAUGGGUUUAUGCAAAGCCUUGCAGUGAAGCAGUCGGCAGAUGGCAUGCAUUCGAAUACAACUGAAAGCUCCAGUGUCGGAACCCCGGCUGAUCAUCGGACAGAUUACCUGCGGUUUCACACUCUAAGCGCUAAGAUUAGCUUGUAUGAAUCCUUGCUGCAGAUAGAAGCGGAUGAGCCACUGGACAAAGCAGAGGCCAUGUUUCAUUGCAUGGAUUGCAUUGACGAGUUGAUGGUUGAGAUGUGCAGGCAACCCUCAAGGAGCUACCCAAAUCUACCCGUCACCUGGUGGUUUGGCAUAGUACAUGCCAUUGCACUCCUUGGGAAGUUGUCUUUCCGACAGGCUAGGGCAUGGGAUCUGGACCGUGUUCGAGUCAAGUUGCCGUUUAUCUCCAUUGUCGAUCGGCUGGUUGACAGGCUGAGAUCGGUAGUAUUAUUAGAAGAGGCGCAGGAUGGUUCGUCUACGCCAAUUGCGACACGUUUUCAGUUUUACAGCGAGAAACUCGCACUUUGCAAACUAUGGUAUGAAGCCAAGAUCAAUGCAGAAAAGGGGGGAGAUAGCAGAGUUGGUACCAAUGUCGGGGCAGGGGACGAGGCAAGCGACACAGGAGCAGCAUUUCAGCCGGAUCUGGCCUCGCUCGAGGGCUUGUUUGAAGGACUGGACAACUCCAUGUGGCAAGAUUUCAUAUUUGAUAUGAAUAUAGUUCCGCAAGCGGGAGUAUAGAGUCAAAUAGUGGAUGUGUGUGUGUGUGUGUCUGUGUGAGAGAGAGAGAGAGAGAGAGAGAUUAUAUGUCGCGGCACAUAUAUAAGGUGGUUUAGGCUCUGGCUCCCCGUCUGUGCAAGUAUUUAUAGAGGACGAAUUCUAAAUAAGGAGCUCCACGGUUGCUUAUCAUUUAUAUACAUCCCUUAGAAGCCAUACGAACCUUGC